UCUCUGCCUGUUGUCGCGAGAUCUCUGGGCCGCGCUUACCGCGGGGGCAAUGGCCGCCAAGCACAAUGGGUCGCCGCCGAGCUGCUGAGUCCGGGGGCGCUGGAACAGUGACCGAGCCGCAGCCAUGGAGAGCCCAGCAGCGCUGCCGUCCGCCGAUCCCGCCGAGUCCGGCCGAUCGCCUGACGACCCGAGGCCCGCUGCCGAGGCCGAGCCGCCUGACGCAGCUGUGGCGGUAGCAGAGCUGAGCCAGCUGGAGCGGUGCGGAGUUUGCCGUGAGGCCCUGAGGGAGCGGCAGCCCCGGCUCCUGCCGUGUCUGCACUCGCUGUGUAAGGGCUGUAUCGGAUCCAGUUCCACCACCCCGGGGGAAGGGCUCAUUUGCUGCCCAGUAUGCAGGCAGCAAUGUUACUUAAAGGACAUCAUCGAGAAUUACUUUCUGAGGGACACUGGUGAAUUGGACAGCAGCUCGAACAGGAAAGUUAGCCAGGUGUGUACCAGCUGUGAAGAUAACGCCGUGUCCUCCAGCUUUUGUGUUGAGUGUGCUGAAUGGCUGUGCGAUGCCUGUGUUGAGGCUCACCAGAGAGUGAAAUUCACAAAGGACCACACUAUGAGCAAGAAGAAUCCAGGGCUCACAGUUGAUGGGAGGACAAAUUGCGAACGCCCGAUCUUCUGCUCCAUUCACAGACAGGAGACCCUGAAGCUGUUCUGUGAGACAUGUGACACUCUAACUUGUCGAGACUGUCAGCUGCUCACGCACAAAGAUCACAGGUACCAGUUUCUAGAGGAAGCCAUUAAGAAUCAGAAACUGACGUUGGAAAAUCUAGUGAAGAGGUUGACAGAGAAGAAAACUCAGCUGCAAGUUACCACCAAACAGGUCCGCACAAGGUUGAGAGAUGUCCAGGACAUGCAAAAGAAGGUACAGGUUGAGAUCAAGAUGGCUAUCCUUCAGAUAAUGCGAGAGCUUAACAAACGGGGCAAGACGCUUAUCCAGAGAUUGGAGAAGUUGACAGAGGAGAGGCAGCUGCAGCUAGGGCAGCAACACUUAUCCAUGUCCAAACUGUACUGGCAAAUGGAUCACGUCUUAAAGUUUGCUUCCUGGGCUAUCAGCACCGAUAACAGCACAGCCCUGCUGCUCUGCAAGAAAUUGAUCUUCUUUCAGUUGCAAAGAGGGUUACAAUCCAAAGUGAACACAGAGGAGUUGAAAAAUGACAUAAUUACAUUCCUCUGGGACUCUGCUUUCUGGACUAAGAAUGCAGCCAAUUUUGGUAAUGUUGUGAUUGAAAUUCCUCCAACAUUGUCAGCACAUCUUCCAGUUCAGCAUCCUUCCACAUCUGGCCAUUGCCCUCAGCCUGCCUCUCAGCAGCCGCCUGUCUCCCAGCACCCCACCGUCUCCCAGCACCCCACCGUCUCCCAGCACCCCACCGUCUCCCAGCACCCCACCGUCUCCCAGCACCCCACCGUCUCCCAGCACCCCACCGUCUCCCAGCACCCCACCGUCUCCCAGCACCCCACCGUCUCCCAGCACCCCACCGUCUCCCAGCACCCCACCGUCUCCCAGCACCCCACCGUCUCCCAGCACCCCACCGUCUCCCAGCACCCCACCGUCUCCCAGCACCCUCCUGCCUCCCAGCAUAGUCGAAUGAUUAUAACCCAAGGAACUAUUUGGCGAAACCACAUGUCUGCGCAAUCCUCCCAUCGACCACCACCACCCAGUUACCAUCAACUCCAACCUCCUCGCCAGUCUCCUGCACAACAUAGCACGCAACAGAUUCUCAUGCGUCAGCCACACUCAGCUUCAUCCUGGCCCCCGGUGAGUGGACAGACGCGAAUGCAGCAAGCUGUGCAGCUGGUGAGGCCAACAGCUGCAAUGCCAAAUGCGAAUGGGAGAUACCUACAGCAAAUGCAAGUUCAGUUGGUGCGACAAGGGAACAUUGUGCAGAUGCAGCAGCAGCAGCAGCAGCAGCAGCAACAGCUCAUGGGUCAAAUGCUAUUACUGCCACAGAUGAAUGGAGUACAAGUCCACCAGCCUCAAGGACAUACUCAGGGAGCUGCCAAGCCACUGACCAGUGGGCAGCAGUCUGCCACUCUGUGCCCACAAAUGCCUGUCCAGCAACCUACUGCCAUCAGCAAACUACCUUCACCUAUACAGCGGCAGCCACUGCCCUUUGGACCCAGUAUGUCUGGUAGCAGACAGUCCCCACCAGUGCAGCAAGUAUCUACAUCCAUCGCACAACUGAAUGUGCCCAUCAGCCGUCCUUCUCCUCCCGUGCAGCAAGCACUCAAAUCGAACACUACUUUUAACCGUCGAUUCCUCUCAAAUGCUGGACCCCAGCAAGUUCAGCCCAGCACUUCUGCCAGUCAAAAUACUCAGGUUGGUGUGAAUUGCCGUCAGUCUCCAACAUCAAACCCUCACCUUGACAGCAGCCCGGUUUACCAACUCAAGAUGUUGGUGGAGCAGGCAACCUCGUAUCCCUGUGUCAUUCUGCCCCACAGAGAUGGUCCAGCCAAUGCGCACGAUCUUAUGCAGAAGCAGUAUUCCUAUCCAGGCCCCUCUCUGGUGCCACCACAGGUUGAUAGAGCUGAUAGCUUAAUGUACUCUCUGAUUCCAACCUCCGAUGGAGCCAUGUCCUGGUCUGAGUCAGGUGCAGAAGAAUUUGUUGAAGGGCAAUCUGCCUAUCGUGUUCCUCGUGGGUUUCCAGAACCAAGGAGGGGUAUUCCCUUCAAGCCAUCGGAUGCCAGUAGCAGCGUGGAACACGAGGGGCAGAGAAGCUGCAUUGGAGGGCUUCAGGAAACUUCAGAGCUUGGAUGCAUACCUUUGCCGCGUACCUUGAAGUGCAGUGGUGACAGUUCCAACUCCAGGGCUGAAUCCAAAUUGAGGACAAAGGUUCCGUAUGUGCGGCUAGAACGCUUGCAGAUUGAUCUGUCCACUGACACCGAGCUACCAACCUUCAAAUUGCUACCAGGCAGUGGCCAGGAUGAGUUCAGCCUGAUCGUCAUUGAAGGAGAAGGUUUACCUUUGAAUCCAUCCUUCAGGGCACCAACUCUGGAGAGCACGCUGACCCCACCGAACUCGGCCUCUCCUGCGUCAGAAACUGAAAUUGAAUUUGUGUUCAGCGAGAGGAUGGAGGUGGGGACCAAGCGGUCCCACCAUCACCAUCACCAACACCACCACCCCCUCAGCCCCACGCCCUCCCCCAGUGAGAAGUCACCCGGGAGCAUUCCAGAUCUAAAGGCAUCUCCACUGUGCAGCGUCAGUGAAAAAGGUGAGGAGUCAGAUGAAGUCGUCUGCGUCGUUUGUGGGAAAGGAGGUGAGCUGCCCUGUUGUCGUCGCUGUCUGAAGGUGUUCCACAUGGAUUGCCACGUUCCUGCUUUGCCUAGUGUGCCCAGCGUUGAAUGGACGUGUUCGUUGUGUGUGGAUUGGGCGGCAUCUGAAAUCCAGAAUGAAAGUUCACCUGCGGUAUUGGAAGCUGGAAAUGGUUCAUCAGACAGUCUUAGUACUCUCAAUCAGAGGAAAUGUGAACAUUUGCUGUUGUUGCUUCUCUCUCAUAAGAGGAGUCAUGCUCUUCAGAAUCCUCCUGGACUCUUGCAAUUGAAGAAUCAGCCGGUCAAUCUGUCUUCCAUUAGAGCAAGACUUGAGAAGAUGAGCUCACACCAUUACUCCAGACCUGAUGAAUUUGUGAUGGAGGUUCGAUUAAUGUUUAAGACAUACAGCAAACUGAUUCAGGAUAAGGAAGUGACAGAGUCUGUGAAGACUUUGCAUUCGUUCUUUGAGGAGAGGUUGGCGGAUGUCUUCAGCGGCAAAACUUUCACCCCGUCCCCUGUGGAUAAGCCAGAGGUGGAAUUGGUCAUCAAACACUGUGACGAAACUGACACGAGGGAGCCGGCUUGUUCUGCUGACAGCAGCCCACUUCAAGCUAAAAGGCGGCGGCUGGAUGAAGACUAGCAGCUUUGGGUUGGGAAGCUUGUGUUUACGAACCAGUAACUAGGUGAAUGGUUUGCCAGCUGAGUGCACAUGCCGAUCUUAUUCAAGUGAUUUUCGUUUUACGAGACUAAAUACACGAGAGCCCCAGCAAUCUUCAAUGACUUUGAUGUGCUAGGGUGCCUCAAGCUGGGUCCUGGGCAAUAACAGGCAUUGGAAAACUUCAUCUUCAGAAGUGCCCAGUGUUGGAUCAAGUCCAACUAGUGCAAAGAUAAUUUUGUUUUCUUGGUUUCUGGUCUACUGAGACUUUUACAAGCAGAAGUCAGAGCGAGAGUUGUGUUUUUCUAUAUGUAAACUGUAUGUAUUAAAAGAAUUCGAUAAUGUGUAAUAUACAUUGUCUGUAUUUCAUGUUGAAAUUCAUACUGGAUCAUAGUAAAACAGAAAAGGAAAUAAACUCAUUUCUCUGAGGGGAAAUACUACGUCACUCAGUAAUAAAAAUGAAAGGAAAAUCCA